GCCCUAAACACAUCGUACCAACCAAACCUUCUUUCCACGAUUUUGCUAUGGUUUUACCCUUGCUAUUCGCGGGGGGGACUUCACAGUGACUUUCUUCACCCCCCUCAAAACAAACCAAAAUACAGGGCUGUCCUUGCCAGCAAGGACCUUUCUGCUGCAAGGCCAGUCUGGAUGAAAACAUUGGCCAGAGGCAGUCCUGUAGUGCAUCUUCUGAACCAAGUGACCAGGCUGAUCAACAAGCAACCUGACUCAAUGCUAAUGAGGCAGCCCCCCACCGCCUGACAUUGAUGCUUACACUCCAGACAGCACAGUCUUCAAGGUGGAUGCUUCCGCGAAUGUUUACCACAACAAGAGACCAGCUGUGAGAAACAUAAAAAAGGAAUAGCAUAUCGAGAACACACACGCGUCUCCUGAAUAUUCCAUCCAGCCACGUAUUGGUAUCCAAUCAAUUACAGACAGGAUUCUCAUCAUUGUCAAUGGGCACUCUACACCGACAGACGCAUCAUUUCGCUAUAAUCUUCACUCAUCUCAGGGAUUUGUAAUCAUUCUUGGGAUGGCUGCAAGUGGAUUACUAGGAUAAUCAAGUGAACCAUUGGUAUUACUGAAACAGGCCCGGAGGUCACUUCUUAAAGAUGAAAUAACGCAACCAGGGCCAUGGACCAAACGCUCGCUGAGAUCAUCCAGACAGAGAUCAUCAAGUGCAAGGUGUGCACUCAGCCGCUGAAGAAUGCCAAGCUCCUCCCGUGCUUGGACACCAUCUGUCAGAAAUGUCUUAAUAACUACAUCUCCCAGCAUCCAAAGGGAAACAAAAAUGGCUCCAAGGCCCUGUACUUCAGGUGUCCGUUAUGCGAGGAGGAAACCAAGUUCCCCAACGGAGUGAAAGGCCUCAUGGAGCUCAAAACAAACUUUUUCCUGCACAGUUUGAAUGAGUUAGCGGAAUGUAAGAGUGAUGAUCCAAAGCCAUGUGAUUAUUGUGCGUUUGAGGGAAAGCGUACGGUCGCGAGUAACCGUUGUUUAGACUGUCAGGAUAACAUGUGUGAAGGUUGCACGGAUGCGCACAAGAAGACGAAAGUUACGCGGAAUCAUCGUGUUGCACCAUUCCGUGAGAUUAAGAAUCACCGCUAUGAUCAUGAUCUCCGCGAGGCACAGCAGAUCAGCUGCCCGCUCCACGAUGGACAACACCUUAGCCUUUAUUGUGAGAACUGUAAACAGUUGAUCUGUCCCAAGUGUAAGGUGAAGAGCCACGAUGAUCACACUUGGAUGGACAUGAAACCUGCUUCGGAUAAAAUCCUUAAACAAUUAGAAGCUUUGAAAGCCAGUAUCAAGGGAAAGAUCCCCGAUAUGAAAAACUAUCUUCGAAACUUGGGCGAGUACAUGAACUUCUUGAAUCACCAGGAGAAAACCAUCGUAGAGAAUGUUCAGGCGCAUGCAGAUAUGCUGCAUAAGAUGAUUGACAAGAGUAAGGUUGAACUGAUUGACUCGGUGCAGAAUGGUAGCAAGCAGGAGAUGGCUGGGGUCGAGCAGAAGCUGAAAGGUAUGAACCAUACGCUCCGUGGCUUGACAGGUAAUGCUGAGUUCUUGGACAUUAUCAUGAAACACGGCAAGCAAGAUGAGGUGUUGUUCCUAUAUAAACAGAUCGCGGAUAGACUCUCGCGUUUGUUGUACAUUCAGACAAACCCACUGCUGAAGAAACUUGCCAUUAACUUCCUGCCUGGGACAGCGACAGAACAAAAUGUCGAGUUACUCUUUGGUAGGAUCCACACCGCAAUGCGGACGGUGGAUAAGGAAGGCGCGAUCCCCAACGGUCCGUCCAAGGAGAUGCUUCACAUGCAAAGCAUCUUACCAGCUUUGACCAAAGUUGAGCAACUGAUGCACUUUGAUGCAUCAAGUGAUCACGAUGUCAAGGACAUCUGGCCGACUGGAUUAGCGAUCAAUGAUAAAGGGGAGUUCCUGGUCGUUGACCGUGGGAACAAACGCGUCAAGAUCUAUGACAAGGAAGGCUGUUUCAAGACGAGUAUCGCAGGUCAUGGCAGGUUCGCGUUAGACAGUCCUUACGAUGUCACCAUUCUGAAAAACGGCAACAUCGCCAUCACAGAUUAUGGCAAAGAGAACCUGAAGAUAUUCUCGAGCGACUGUCGGUUUGUAAACGUGAUCGAAGGCCCGUUCAAACAUCCACGUGGGAUCACGGUCAAUAGCAAAGGUCACAUGAUCGUGCUUGACUGCGGCCGCCAGCAGAUUACCAUUCACGAUGAGGAUGGCACAUUGAAGGAUACGAUUAAGGGGAAGGACGAGGAGGGCGUCGAGUACUUCACUGAUCCAUACUACAUCUCGGUCAUGCAGAAUGACAACAUCAUUGUCACUGAUUGGGCGGCUCCGAACAUCAAAGUGUUCAGCGCUAACGGCGAAUGUCUGGCAAGCUCCGGUACGUACGGUAUCAAGGCAGAUCAACUGCUCCAACCGUACGGUGUCUGCACUGAUGAGUUCGGAUACAUCUUCAUUGCAGACAACCAGAAUAAUCGGAUCCACCUUCUUCUUCCUGAUGGGCGAUUUUUCAAAUUCCUUCUCACAAAACUCGACGGACUCUGGCAUCCGAUGGCCGUUGCUAUUAACAACCAGGGUCAUUUGGUAGUGACCGAGGGGCUGGGCAAAGUCAAGGUGUUCAAGUAUAUUUGAGAUAAACCUACCCCGUCCUGCGUCAAUUAUCAAAGUUUGAAAGUGACGUUUGGGACAUCACAGAGUUUGCUCCAUGAGAUGGACACGAUGAAGCCUAGGAUUCGUACUCGUAUACCGGAUAUGAUGGAUUACAUGAAUGAGUUUAGGGAAUAUGUUGAUUACCUCCACCACCAGGAGAAGAUGGUCGUGGAGAUGAUCGACCAGCAUGCAGAGAUGCUGCAUAAGAGGAUAGACAUAAAGAAAUCUGAGUGUAUCAGCACAGUUCGGAACAGCACAGUGGAAGAAAGGACACAUAUACAUCAAAAGAUAAGCGCCAUGAAUGUGGUUUCUAACACUUUGUCCCCAGUCAAAGCAGAGUUUAUUGAUGGACUCAAACGACAUGGAAAACCAGUAGAAGUGAUCUUCCUUCAUAAACCUAUUACUUCUAGACUUUCACAGGUGUUGUACAUAGACACAAAGGCCUUACUGAACAAACUGGGGCACUAUUUCAUCACGGGGAAGGUUACAGAAUCUGACAUUGAGUUACUUUUUGGUGUUAUACGGUCAGAACGCUGCACUUCCUUUGAUACUGAUGAUUACCAACCAACGAAAGAGUGAGAUCAUUUACUUUUGACUUGUACUGUAACUCCUACGUUUUGGGAUAAGUAUUGUAUUGGUUGUCAGUCACAGGGUUGGCAAGAGGGUCCCCCGACAAUGGCAGGGCUUAAGCUUGACUUUUUGAUCAGGAGUCAAACUAAUCUCAGAAGUCCUGAAACAGACUUCUAAGUUAAGAGUUUUAAAAGUGAGGUUCCUAGCCAGGCCAAUGUUCAUGCUUCAAAAGACACUUUACAGAAUUCACUACCCAACAUGUGCAUGAACUGUAAUCAAACACUGAGUGCCAUCGACAAUAAAACCACAUCUGUUGAUGCAUGGAGUGUGAUAUGAAUAGUUGGUGGUUCAAUAGAGGAUCUGUGGAUGCAUGGAGUGUGAUAUGAAUAGUUGGUGGUUCAAUAGAGGGGUACAUGAGGCGGAAUGGAUCACCGAUCAGGGGCUAUGUGCCAGGAUUAUCCAGCUGAUCUCAUCCAAUAUGAACUCACUUGUUCAACACAAUGCACCAUGUACACUCUUAUUUCAACAUUGGAUUAACCCUUUGAUAAUGAUUCAGUUUAUAACCUGAUUGCACUCACAAAACGAUUCCACCGUUUUACAGCAUGUUUCAUGAUGAAUGUUUUAUUGAAAGUGGUGGCAUUGUGUUAGAAGAGGAAGAUGACUGGUAGUGUUGACUGCCUGAGGCCUGUGACCCAGGGAGGCUGCAUUGGCUGCUAAUUCUCUUCUCUGAAGCUCUCAUGAGCGCUUAUUGACAACUUUCAAUGAGAAAAUUGGAGUGAUCCGUAUCAGUUUACCUAAAUGUGACCUCCCUCAUGUCAGUUUCCCAAGAUUAUAAGUAAGAUUACUGGUAUAAGUAAUGCAACAUGGACUCUGAAGCAUUGGUGGUGAAUGUAGGGACUGGCUCCAUAUGUGGAGAUUAUGUCUGAAUUGGUCAAUUUGAAUUUGGUUUAUAAUUCAUGUUAAACUCAUGAUGUUGUAGAGUUUUCAAUAAAUCAGUCCCAGCACACACACACAUUUAUUUGAACAGAGGAGACAAAGACCACUCACAAUACAUAAAUACACUUAGUUAGUAAACAAUGGUCCACGUAGGACUAACAUGGUCUUGAUUAGUCUUUGAUAGAAAGCAGGGGACCUCAAACACAUAGAGGAAUUAGUGCCAGUCGACUGAGCACUCAAAUGCCAAUGGUCUUGACGGACACUUUACAGCAAGUAUAUAAUUGUGUUUUGUGGAAACAUCAACAUUGUUGUAUAAUUUUAUAGUCGAGGAAGUCAUCUUGGCUCAAACGAUCAUCUGGUGUCACGGCUUAUGAGGUCAAACGAUCACACUGAUGGGCCGAAGUCUCCCAAAAAGGCCAAACGUGGCCACAGUCUCAGAUCUUUUCAGCCUUGAUUACUUUGAAAAAUGUGAUUUUUUUUGUCAAAUGUGUGAUAAUUUGUUGAUGUUGAAGAGAAAAUAUGAUAAUUAUUCAAUAACUUAAAUGUCCUCUAGUGUAAUCAUGUUAUAUGAAUAUAUGCUGCACACUGUUCUUUUCAAUCACGUUGAUACUGUGAAACCAGUCAAGAGCCAUAGUUGUUUUGAAAUGUAGUAUUCCACUUCUUGACAGCACAAGUGCUGCUGUCGUGAAAACUGAGAUGGCUCCUUGCCGACUUUACAGUAUGUAGAUGCCUGGAGAACUUUCAUUAACGCUUUAUUUUCUUUCAUUUUAAUGUUAAACAAUAUGUAUUAUCCAAUCAUUUGUUUCUUUCUAAUGUCAAACAAGGCAUCACUCACAUAUCCUUUUCAGCUUGUAAAAUAUUAUAACAAAAUAAACGAUUUCAAAA